UAAAACAAUAAAAAAAGUAGUGUUAUAAAUGUAAAGUUUUCUAGUAUAAAUGUAAUAUUAAGCCAAAGUUUAGUAUUUUAUGUAAAAAAAAUGAAAUAUAAAAGGGCCUUUCAAAUAUAUAAAAAAAUAAAAAAGAAAGAAAGAAUGAAAAUGUAGGAAUGAAUGAGAUUGAUUUUACCAAAGGUCCGAUAACAAUGCUCCACCACCACCCUCACCUCUCACCCUUCUCUCUCCUUUCUAACCAUUUUUGCUUCUCCUCCUUUCCCAGCUCACAUUACAUCCCUUUUGUGUUUGAUUAAGGAUACUGCAUAAUUCAUACAAUGGCUGUUAACUUCAAGUAUUGGGAUGACUGUGUUGAUCCCCUGGAUAUGGAAGCUAUGUGGAAAAUCCCUGAAGUGAAUUUGGAAUGGUUAGAUGCUGGAGAAACAAGAGGACAGAAAGUUCACCUUUCGCGCGAUCCUGAUGGACAGCCUUAUUUGACUCAGACUGAGAUGAAGGCUGUGGUUGAGAUUAUUGUCAGCAGACAUUUUCAUUUGCAAGUGGAUCCUAACAUGAUUUGUGCCAUUGCCGAGCUCGAAAGUGACAGACAACCCCUUUCUAUUCGGUAUGACAAGAAAUCCAAGGACACAAAAUUAGGAAUCAUGCAACUUUUUCCAAAAACAGCAGAAUGGCUUUAUAGAGAAUUGAAUUACCAGUCUUAUGAAGUAGUAGGGAAUCCAGAUCUUCUAUUCAGGCCUUUUGUGAGUGUAUAUUUUGGUGCUGCUUAUCUGAAAUGGUUAUCAAAUUUUGAAGAGAAAGAAAGAAAUGAAGAGUUUGUGGUAAGGGCAUAUAGAGGUGGUACAAAAAAAGCAACUCACAAAUCAACUAUGUCAUCUUGGCAACGAUAUCUUUCUGUCAAAGAAAGUUUUCCAUCCAGGAAAUGUUUUGAAGAUGGUCUGUCACAGAAUGUGUCAAUGAAUGAUGCUUCUGUCACUACUACAUCUUCUACCCCUUAUACGCCUCCACCGAAUGCAGGUGAUUACACAUACUGGGAUUCCAUGGCUUCUCCUGAAGACAUGGAAGAGAUGUGGAAUAAUCCUGAAGUUUUUAAAGAGUGGAGCAAAUCGGGAGAGAAAAAGGGAAAGGUCCGCUUCUCCCAAGAUGAAAAGAAAAGACCAUAUCUUUCUCGAAUAGAAGUAAAGGCAGUUGCAGAAAUUAUACUUUCGAAACACUUCAGUACAAAGGGAUUGAAACCUUCAGUUCUUUGUGCCCUUGCGGAGCUUCUUAGCAUGCGUUUUGUAUAUGGUAUCGGUCCAAAUGCUGGAAUAAUGGGACUAGACUAUUCCACAGCCUUCUGGCUUUACAUGGAGUUGGGCUUCAGGGCUUAUAAGGUGGAUUCCAUUGAUGAUCUAACCAAGCCAUUUGUGUCCAUGUACUUUGGUGCAGCAUACUUCCUCUGGUUAUCUGAAUAUGAAGGAAGGGAAAGAACUCCACAAUUUGUAGUUCAGGCUUAUAUAGCAGGACCAAAGAAUGUGAAUUUUCAAGAGACAGGUCCAAUGUGGCUCAAAUUUGAGGAAGCUUUAAGUUAUUUUGAAGACAUAAAGAAGGAUCAAGGGGGCUGCAUCAUCAUGUAAGUUGCUCACCCCUUCAUGUUGUUGUAAACAAUUCUAAACAUGCCAAAUAUACCUUGAGAAUUUUAUUUCUAACAUUGGAGAAGGGGUUUCAUAUUUGAGAUUUCUUUGUGAGGAGAGGAGAAAUGUAGUAUUAAUUACUAACCACAAUUGUAUUGUAUUAGUUAAGGGUAUUUUAUUGUAUUUGUUUUUUUAUUGUUGUAAUAUAAUAAUAUUUUACAAUGUAGCCAUUGGUACUUCACACAUUGUAUGUUAUGUAUAAAUUUUAUUAGGCUUGUUUGGAACACAUAUUUUAUUGAGGAAAUUUUUUGUGAUA